UUCUUACUGGUAAACCUGUUGGGCCGAAGCAAACACCACCGAAAUGGCCGCAUUCUUGCAAGCUGCGCGUUCGCUUUGCGCUCAAUCACGUAAAUUUAGUUUGAAAAUAAAUGAAGUGGUAAUUGUUUCCGCCACCCGUACACCAAUUGGUAGCUUUCAAAGCCAAUUGGCACCUUUAUCGGCGACCCAACUAGGAGCAGUAGCAGUUGAGGCUGCGGUACAACGCUCCGGUAUCAGCAAGGACCAGGUAGAUGAAGUUAUUAUGGGUAAUGUCGUAUCUGCCUGCUUGGGCCAAGCACCCGCUCGCCAGGCGGCGAUCUUUGCCGGCUUGCCUAAGAACGUGUGUUGCACAACAGUGAACAAGGUGUGCUCUUCUGGUAUGAAAGCGGUAAUGUUGGGAGCACAGUCGCUGAUGCUCGGCCAAGCAGAAAUUGUGGUUGCCGGAGGAAUGGAGUCCAUGUCGAAUGUACCAUAUUACAUGAAACGUGGCGCUACACCCUACGGAGGAAUCCAACUAAUCGAUGGUAUUGUCUUUGAUGGCCUCACCGAUGUCUAUAACAAAUUUCACAUGGGCAACUGCGCAGAAAAUACAGCCAAGAAAAUGGGUAUAAGCCGUCAAGAACAGGAUGAGUUUGCUAUACAAUCGUACAAGCGCUCAGCAAAAGCAUGGAGCGAAAAAGUAUUUGAUGCUGAAAUCGCACCAGUAAAAAUACAAUUAAAACGCAAACCGGAAGUGACAAUCACCGAAGAUGAAGAAUUCAAACGCGUAAAUUUCGACAAAUUUGGUCAACUCUCAACCGUAUUCCAGAAGGAGAAUGGUACGGUUACAGCCGGAAACGCCUCCACGCUAAAUGACGGUGGUGCUGCCACAGUGCUGAUGACUGCUGAAGCCGCCGAACGCUUAAAACUGAAACCAAUUGCACGUAUAGUAGCUUUCCAGGAUGCCGAAACAGAUCCAAUCGAUUUUCCCAUUGCACCCGCCUUCGCCGUGCCAAAGUUGUUGCAGCGUGCCGGCAUAAACAAGCAAGAUGUUGCCAUGUGGGAAAUCAACGAAGCUUUCUCGCUGGUAGUUUUGGCUAAUAUAAAGAAACUCGACAUCGACCCAGCCAAAGUGAAUAUACAUGGCGGUGCUGUGUCCAUAGGCCAUCCAAUCGGCAUGUCAGGUGCCCGUUUAGUGACUCACCUAUCGCAUGCUCUGAAACCUGGCGAGUUCGGUUGCGCUUCCAUCUGCAACGGUGGCGGUGGCGCCUCCUCCAUUCUUUUGCAAAAGCUGUAAGAGCAAAAGUAAAAAUGUGAAAAAUAUUAAAAAAAAAACCCAGAAGUGCAUUUAUUUUUAUAAAGUUUUUAUAACGAUUCGAUUUAAGCUAAAAGCUACUAUUUACAUAAAGAAAAACGUGUCAUACGCACACACAUGUGCUUGUUAAAAUUUUUGUAUCAUGUUGAAACAAAUAAAGUCAA